AUGUCCUCAACAGAGGCAUCCACUUCGUCUAGUCGCGGUGAGGAUACAGCUAGUGGGAACGAACAGGAAGGAAUAACAACGUUUGUGGCAGCUGAUUUAGAAGAAAGAAUACGUGAGAGUUGUCGUGUUUCCGGAAGCAGAGUUCGCACAUCUGAAGAAACAAAUCUUCUUCUCCCAGAUCCUAGGAUUUUGGACGAUCUUGAGGUCUACGCAAAAGAUGUGGCUACGAAUUUGGAUACAGUUUUGCGAGAUCUCAGAGGCUCUCUGCACGGAAUGGGUGACUUGACUCUGGAGUCAAUUCAGUGUUACAACGCUGCUAUAACAAACGCUUGCGAUGUAGCAGAUGUUAAUAUCAAGUCAACCUAUGCGAUGCUCGCUAAAGUGGAAGAAGUAAAUCACGCAAUGCAAAACAUGGCGACGCUUUCGAAACAGAUAAAAGAGGUGAGAAGACUGGUGGAAAUGUUCGAAACAUUGUUCCAAGGAUCUCUUAAGUAA